AUGCCUAAGAGCAGCCGUCUUAUGCAGUAUGUGGUCGCUGCAACAGCGUCGCUGAGUUACGCGGCCUACGGCACGUUCAUGACCUGGCCCUCAACAACGCUCCCUAUUCUGCAAGGCGAAGGCUCACCGAUUCCACUCACGGCUGACGAGGGCUCUUGGCUCGCAUCCAUCAACUCGCUGACGAUGCUGGUUGGAGUUUUCGGCGCCGGAUACUCGGUUGACAUCAUUGGACGGAAGAAGUUGGUGCUAGCCAGCGCAGUGCCGUUGUUGGCCUGGUGGCUGAUGGUCGCCUUCUCCGAUUCCUACGGCAUGUUGCUAGCAGCUCGGGCCAUCGGGAGCAUCGGUGGUGGCCUUAUUAGCACAGUGAUGCCCAUGUACUUGUGCGAGGUAGCCGACCCCGAUAUACGAGGGGUGCUUGUGGCCAUCCACCUAGUACUGAUGCAAAUGGGAACGUUGUUCAUUUACUGCAUAGGGCCCUACUUGCCCAUUCCGGUCGUCGCUGGUAUCUGCGCUUCUGUCCCUGUCAUAUUCUUCAUAGCCUUUAUAUGGAUGCCGGAGUCACCAUACUUCCUCCUCAGCCAGCACAGAGAAAAAGACGCGAAGCGGAUCCUUCUUCGGCUGAAGGGAAAACUGAGUCCUGAGGACCUCGACUCGGAACUUACUGUGAUGCACGAAACUAUACGCCAGAAGAAUGAGAGCAAAGGAAAACUAAAAGACUUGUUCACGGUGCCAGUGCAUCGUAGAACACUGUUCAUAAUGACCGGCUUCAUCCUGCUUCAGGCGUCCAGCGGAGCAAUAGCAAUAUUGACUUACACGACGUCUAUAUUCGAGGCAAGUGGGAGCAACCUUGAUCCAAACUUAUCUUCCAUCGUCUUGGCAUCAGUUCUGCUCGUCACUAGCGUUGGCGCGUCGUUUAUCAUUGACCGCUUCGGCCGGCGAACACUCGCUAUGGCGUCUCUCAUGAUAUGCAGCGCCUGCCUAACAGCCGAGGGGGCCUACUUCUACGUCAACGAGGUCUAUGGUGAUGUUAACUCAGCAUUCGAUUGGCUGCCGCUCGCCGCGUUGAUGGGUUUUCAGGUAUCCUUUGGCCUUGGUGCAGGACCGGUGAUGUCUCCGAUGAUUGGGGAAAUAUACCACGUAUCUGUCAAAGGUGCCGCUGCGUCCAUCAACACGACAGUGAUAGCGCUGUACGGCUUCUUCCUGAAGAAGAUGUUCCAGGUGGUGUCGGACAACGUGGGCGCCUACUGGUCGUUCUGGGGCUUCGCCGUGCUGUGUGUAUGCGCCACCGCCUACGUCUACUUCCUCCUGCCCGAAACCAAGGGCAAGACAUUUGCGCAGAUCAAUGAGGAACUGGACGCCCGCUUCGGGAAACACCAUCCAAAAUCCGUCAGUGACACGAAAUACGCGGAUCCAAAGUGA